CUUAAGAACAAAAGUUUUGUUUUAAUGCUUCGUUUUACACUGUGUGUGAUUGGCAUUUAUACCUGUUUUUUAACAUGGGGUGUCGUUCAGGAACGUGUCAGUACUACACCAUAUGGAGAUGCAGAAACACCCAAGAAAUUUAAAUUCUUCAUUGUACUUAAUCUGAUCCAAUCCAUCAUUGCAGCCAUGGUUGCCUUUAUUUACCUUAAACUAUCAGGACGUAGUCUUCACUUCUCAAUCACGCCCAAGAGUCUAUUUUUAAAAUAUGGACAGGUUGCACUUUUUAAUUGUACAGGAUCACCAUUUGGUUAUGCAGCGCUUAAACACAUUGAUUAUCCAACCAUGAUUCUCGGUAAAUCAUGUAAGCUUAUUCCAGUAUUGAUUAUGAAUGUUCUUGUUUAUCGACGCAAGUUCCCACUUUACAAGUACAUUUGUAUCCUUCUCGUCACACUAGGAGUCUCCAUGUUUAUGCUUUAUCAACCUGCUAAAAAGGCGACAGCAUCAGCAAAUGCAUCUAAUUCCUUGUGGGGACUCUUUUUACUUUUUAUGAACCUUUGUAUAGAUGGUCUAACGAAUGCCACCCAAGAUCAAAUCUUUGCAACAUUUACUAAUCUUGUGAGUGGACAGCACAUGAUGUUUUAUAUGAAUGCCUUUGGUUCUUUAUUUUCAGCGGUUUAUUUAUUAUUACAUCCUUAUAAUGAUGAAUUACAUCAAGCAUUUGAGUUCUUUCAACAACAUCCAGCAGUGAUUCGAGAUGUAUUAUUAUUUGGCUUUUGUGGAGCAGUAGGACAAUGUUUUAUAUUUUAUACCUUGCAGCAUUAUGGUAGUCUUCGUUUAGUUACAGUUACAGUAACACGAAAAUUAUUUACUAUGCUUUUAAGUGUCUUUUGGUUUCAUCAUUCCUUAGAUAUAGGACAAUGGAUGGGCAUUGCACUCGUGUUUAUAGCUAUUGGUAUUGAAGCAUAUAUCGGAAAGCAGCAAAAGAUACGUGCAAAGAAAGCAUUAAACACGAAUGAAAAGAAAAAAUUAUAGCAUAAAAAUUAUAGACUAUUUAUUGAUAUUCCCCCCGCCUCCCUUCCCUUCGUCC